AGAGCGCGCCAUCCUCGAUCGCCGUGCAAAGCUCGCUUCCAAGCUCUCACGCCGCGCGUAGGGCCGUUAGAGAACAGGUGAUCGGAGCCCCCCGAGGACUCCGCGAGCAGGAGCCUGCUUGCAGGAGCCUGCUUGAAAAUGCUGAUCCUCGCACUCGCCCUGAUCCCGUCUCCUCGUGCGACGCUGCGCACCAGAGGCGCGCGCAUGGGCUUGAACGAGGCGUGGAAGACAGAGGCGGCUGCAGCCCGCGCCGCCUUCGCCGCCCGGGAGCAGAGCCGCACGAGGAAGAAGGGCUCGGUGGCGCAGCUAGACGCGUCGAACUUUGCAUCGUCGCUCGCGGCCGUGGAGAGAGUCGGCGUCGUCAAGUUCUUCUCUCCACAGUGCCCUGCGUGCCGCCGCCUAGCGCCGGUCUACGAGGCGGCGGCCAAGCGCUUCUCCGGCCAGGCGGACUUCUUCGAAGUGAACUACAAGCAGGCGCAGCAGGUCUGCAGGGAAGAGCGCGUGCUGCUGCUGCCGAUGGUGCACCUGUACGUGCCUCGCGCCGGCUGCGUCGACCGGUUCGUGCUCAGCUACAAGCGUCGGAAGCGGCUCGAGGAGAAGCUGGACGGUUUGCUCGCAGGGGAGGGGGAGCGGCUGGACCGGCUGAGGGAGCUCGACCCGGCCGCCCUGGCGCCACUCGUGAGGCUCAAGGAGCUGCUUGGCGCGGUGCAGGCGGUGCGGAGGGCGCCCGAGCUGCUGCGCGGCGCGGCGGGCGACGGCUGGGUGACGGAGCAGCAGACCGAGGAGAUGCAGUCCGUCUUUCGCGCGCUCGACCGGAACGGCGACGGCGUGCUCGACGCGGAGGAGCUGGCGGCGGCGUGCGAGGCGCUGGGCAUGCCCUUCUCCUCGGAGGAGGAGCUGCGGAGGGUGGUGACAGCGGCGGACGGCGACGCGAGCACCGACACGGUGGACGAGCGCGCGUUUUUGCGGCUGAUGGCGCGGCGCGCGAGCGAGGAGGUGACCGACGCCGACGCGCUCCUCUCCUCCUUCCGCGCGCUCGACGUCGACGGCAACGGUCUUCUGGACGCGGGUGAGCUGCUCGAGGCUUUGAGCGGCGUCUCGCUCGCCUUGGGCGGCGAAGAGGCGGCCGGAGGCGCAGUGAGUCGCGCCGGCAUCGAGGAGCUGCUUCGUGCCUUUGGAGUCGAUGACGAGUCCGGGUCCGUCGACUACGAGACUUUCGUUAGCAUGGCAAUGAAGACACCCUUCUUCAUCGGCGCCGGCUACAACCGCCCACACCUUCCCUUCGCGUGCCCCAAAAAGUACUGGGACAUGUACAGCGCCUCCGAUAUCUUCCUCGCACCAAAUCCGUGGUUACCUGUCGGGGCGCCGCCGCGCUCCGUACACUAUUUUGAGCUGCUCUCGUACAACGAGAUCGAGCGGGGCGACUACAACGCGGGGAGCGGCGGGCCCAACGGCGGCCAGCGGAACCUGCCUGAGGGCCUCUCCCGUGAACUCAUUCACGGCUACUACGCUUGCAUCACGUACGUCGACACACUCAUUGGAUAUCUCAUCGACGAGCUCAAGGAGCGGCAAAUGUACGACGAGACAAUCAUCACCUUUGCGAGCGACCACGGCUAUAAGCUCGGCAACAAGGGCUCGUGGGCGAAGCACACGGUGUACGAGACCGACCUGCACGCUCCCGGCUACCUGCCGUCGCGCAUUCCCGCGCUCGUGGAGAACAUCGACCUCUACCCGACCAUCCUCGACCUUGUUGGUGUGCCUGUGCCGCCGCAUGUCCAGGGUAGGUCGAUGAAGCCGCUGAUGAUAAACAAGAAUGCCACCUCGAAAACCGCUGUCUUCGCGCGGUACCUGGAUGCCGAUACUAUCCGCUAUCGCGACAUGCAGUUUUCCGACUUUUGCAAGGGGAAGCACUGCUACUCGGCCGAGACUUGCAGCAGGGACUGCCGCCAGACGCACCCGACGGAGUUUAUGCUAUUCAACCACACCGUCGACCCGCUGGAGGAUGAGAACGUCGCCAAGCAGGACGCCUACUUUGGCGUGGUGCAGGAGAUGCGGGCGGCGCUCCAAGUACACAAGCGAUCUCGCGGGCCGCCAUUCGAAGACUAUUAUAUCUAA